AUGGUUCUUGGAAGAGAAUUGACAAAAUUAUUCUUCCAAUCUAAAGGACUUACACCAAAGCAACAAAAAUUUGUUCUUUCCUCUUUUCGUUCUAAAUGGAUUUCAGCUAAAGAAGCUGAAAGCAUUGCUGGAGCUAAUACCGGUACCCGUAAUGGUCAUCCUGAAGAUCCUGAAAAAAAUACUUAUGAUGGACAUUAUAAUGGAACACCUGGAAUAGAUAAACCUUUACAUGAUUUUUACUAUCGUCAACAUAUUCCUCAUUCAACACAUAUUGAUAGAACAAUAACCAAACUUAUUAGUGGAUUACUCUGGUUUUGGUUUUCUUAUCAUAUGUAUUAUCAUUCAGGUCACAUUUUUGGACAUUGGUAUAUGCCUUACCUUGAUGAAUUUACUGAUGAGGAACUUGGUAUCCCACCAGAUAAUGCUCCAGAUCCAGAGUAUUGGGGAAAUCAUGGAAAAAAAUAUGGAACUUAUCGAUAA